CACGCAGGGAAACUUUUUCUGUAUAGUCUCUGUUGGGCUGCUGCGCGCGCACACCUCCACUUUUUGGACUUGUGUUUAGUCGAAGUGUUUUCGGGGCUCGGACACUCACACUUCGCCUGAAUCCGCCAUGUAGCCUGGACGCGCGCUGGACGCACGGAACUCCGGGGAGGAGAGCACUGUUCCACGGGAUCGGGUUGCGCUCCUGGAGCCGCAGAGCGCACGGCUGGUCCCAUCUGGUUCGGCUGGUCCCAUCUGGUUCGGCUGGUCCCAUCUGGUUCGGUUGGUCUGGGCUCGGCUUGGUGUGCGGGACCCAGGUGACCGCCCGGGCACCGACUGGCUGCAGCAUGCUCCGGCCGGGGGCUGCGCACUGGAUCGCGGCUGUGCUGCUCAUCUGUCGGGCGGUGGCACAGUACUCCAGUGACCAGUGCAGCUGGAGAGGAAGUGGUUUGAGCCAUGAGUCCCAUCGCAGAGAUGUGGAGCAGGUCUACCUUCGCUGCUCUCAGGGGUCUCUGGAGUGGCUCUACCCCAUCGGUGCCAUCAUUGUCAACCUGCGGCCAAACACUGACUCCUCAGCGGCGCACGUGGCAGGUCUCCAUGUGUGCAUCAAGCCCCAGACUUACUCCCAGGGCUCUCAUAUGUACGUGGAGCGUGCCGGAGAUCUGAGGCUGCUGGUGGCCGAGGACAACCAGGCUGAGAGCACAGUGCACUGUUUCAGCCUGGCAGAGGGGGCUCUCUUUGUGGAAGCCAUCCCACAGAGCGACAUCAGCCGAAGGAUCACAGCCUUCCAGUAUGAGCUGGUGCCUGGUCAGGGGCCUGGGGCUCAGAUGUAUCCAUUCCUGCACCCGGGCUUAGUUACCUGUAAGCCCUGUUCGGAUGAAGAGCUCCUCAUGGCUGUUUGUACCAGCGACUUUGCUGGAAGUGGCUUCUUUCGAGGGAUGGCGUCAGGUUCUGACGAACACUCCUCUGUCGUGGUGACCCUGAACCGGCUGUUUCGUCAGAAGAGCAGGGUGUUUGUUUGGGGCGGAGCCAAGGGGCGGAGCUGGGGCGGGCGUGUCAAUGUCCCCUCACAGUGCGGUGUGCGUCCUGGAGGAGAUGAGUACCUUUUGACUGGCUCUGUCCAUUUCGGGAACGCCUGGCUUGGCUGUGCACCUCGCUACAAGGACUUCCGGGAGCUUUACGUCAGAGCACAGAAAGCCGGAACAAACCCAUGUCAAAUAGACAUAGACUGAGAGGAUGGAUGGAAGUUCUGGAGGAUGGAGCGACAUUAAGUUUGAGACUGACAGAGAGACGAACAGGGAGGAAAGCCCCAUCCCUUAAGGCUUACUUUUGCCUUCAGCAGAAAGGACACUAUGAACAUUUUUGCUGCCUGAACUGAAAUGUCCCCAUUGGACUCGACUUGUAUUGUCUGUCUGUCUGUCUGUCUGUCUGUGUGUGUGUGUGUGUGUGUGUGUGUGUGUGUGUGUGUGUGUGUGUGUGUUUGUGAUGUGAAAUGUGUGAUGUGUGUGCGUGCAUGAGUGAGACUGAGAGUAAAUGGAUGAUGAGCUUAAAUUAAAUUUGUGCCAAACUGCUUGAAAUAUUCAUUCUCAUGACGAUAACGCUUGUGUGAUCAUUCUUGAAAUGAAAGUUUGCUUUGUAAAAAGCUUUCUGUAAAAUUUAGGAGUCUUCUGACGGAAGUGUACAGUAUGCAGCUCUGUGAGUCUUUACGUACCAAGUUUGUGUGUGUGUGUGUUUUGCUAUUAAAGUCUUAUAUUUACAGAAAACAAA